CCAGAAGUGAACUAGUUGACCAGUGUGUGUUCAUACGCGAGCGCGCCAGCGUGAAAGGACAGUGUUACUAUUGAAAAGUCGCUGUCAGGCAAACAGCAUGCUGGCAGCACAAGCGGAUCGGGUUAUGGCUUUGGGAGAAUGGGAGGAACGCUGGCAGGACGACAAAAUUGGCUUCCAUCAGCCACAUGUGCACAAGAUGCUGGAGAGCAACAUUGACAAAGUUCUCGCUGGACGGACAGGGGUUCGCUUCUUCUUCCCUCUCUGCGGGAAAGCUGUAGACAUGAAGUGGCUCGCAGACAUGGGCCACUCAGUGGUAGGCGUGGAGAUAGCUGAGAAGGCCAUCAGGCAGUUCUUUGAAGAAAACAACAUGACUUACAGUGAGGAGCCUGUCCCGACCAUACCUGGUGCAAAAGUUUAUAAGAGCUCGGAGUUAAAUAUCUCCCUGUACCAAUGUGACUUGUACAGUUUCUCCAGUUCAACUGAAGGACAGUUUGGGGCCAUUUGGGAUAGGGGAUCUCUAGUGGCCAUCAACCCGAAAGACAGAGAAAAGUAUGCCUCUCUCAUCAUUUCCCUGAUGGCCAAAGACUGCAGAUAUCUCUUGGACACUUUGCUGUACAAUCCUGAACUUUACAAAGGUCCUCCCUUUUUUGUACCCAAUGACCAAGUGCAGAGGCUGUUUGGGAACAGCUGUGACGUUGAGCUGCUGCAGUCAGCGGAUGCCCUGACAGACAGGCAGAGAGGCUGGGGGCUGGACUUCCUGACCGAAAACAUACACCUAAUCAUCCCAAAGAGCAGCUGAACACUGAACACUAUGUUUUGCAUAUAGAGAGUUUGUAAUAGAAGAUCUUGAUUUUCUUUCUUCUACCCUGUUUAAAAUGUAGUUCCUAAACAAUUUUUAAUGAUUACGCAUUACAUUUACUCUACUGAGUGAAAAUUAUGUGUCAAUGAUGUGUUUUGAAACUCCCUGUUGCUUUCUUUAGCUGACUUCAUGGAUUUCCUUUCCAUAGAAGUCACUUAGGUCAUUCAGGAAGGUUUGACAUUUCGAAUGAAGGAUUUAAUAAAGCUUUUUG